AUGACGAACACUUUCAUCAAUUACUCCUUCACACUGAAGUACGCUGGCUGUCGAAAGGCUUAUCAUAUCGCCUAUUUAACAGAUUUGUUUACAAAAUUUAAUAUGGUUAAUUUGCAAUUACAAGGCGACAGUUUAAAUUUGAUCAAAACAAAGUCCAUCUCAUCAGCGUUUCUUGCCAGAGUUAAACUAAUGAAGCAAAAUAUUAGAUGGGGCGAAUUUUCUCAGUUCCCCAAUUUGUCACAGACAAGCUGCCAGGAAGACGACGUUUCAACUUACGUUCAACAUUUAAAUGCCCUCUAUUCAGAUUUUGAAUCUAGGUUUGAGGAUAUCUUGACUAUGGUAAUACCACCGUGGAAACUUAAUACAUAUCGUGACAUAGAAGAAACGAAUGAACUGACUGAACUAAGUACAAACAAAGAACUUAAGGUUCAGUUUAAAAACGGAUAUCAGCAAUUCUGGCUGCAAAACACACAUACCCGUUACUUAUCCCGUAUUUUGGAAGAUAGCGAGGAAACUUUUAAUUUCCUUUCCAUCGUCAUACCUAGUGGAAAGGUGGUUCAGCGCUGUUACCAAUCUCCGAACGAAAAAAAGAAACACACUGGACAUCAUUAG